UUAUUUUUACUCUUUUUUUUUAGCAGUUUGUAAUCGUAUUCAUACAAUUCGAAUCAUAUUAAUACAUAGAAUGGAUACUACAGACGAAAUAGAUUUAAAAUUACUUUUCAAAUAUCCUCUAAUGUCUAAAACUGAAUACGAGGAUUCAAUAAUUUUCAAAGGAUUGAUUGAAAUUAACAAUGAAGAUUUCGAAAUUAUUGUCAAACAAACUUUACAAAAUAAAUUUAUUUUGCUAAAAAAUCUCGAUUUUGUAGAUCAACAAGUUAUAAACAAUAUACAAGAAACAGCUUCAGAUAUAGUAACGUUUCUAGAUUUUAUUGAAAAGCAUAUUUCUACUAAAGUACUUUCAAAAGUACCAUUAAAUAAUUGUGAUAUUUACAAACAAAUUUUAUACGAAUAUUCAGAAUUUUCAAAUUAUUACCUUAAUUUGAAAGACUGUUAUCUAGCGUACGAUUUAAGUAAAAUUACUGCAACUAUGGUGGAUGAAUCGAAUAGAGAACAUAAAAUCGAAAUAUACGUUAAUUAUAAUGAUAAAAAGAAUAUUUUCGAAAUAAUUGAAUAUGAUUUACCUUGUGGUCGAGAUAAAUUCCAAAAAUCAUCAAAUUUGAAAAUGGUGUAUAAUCAAUUUAUACAAAUCGUCGAAAGUUUGCAAUUAUAUUUCAACCUAAUGGAAGAUUUUGACAAAAGUUGCCACAUUUUAGAUCCUAUACCUCAAAAUAGAAGGUACAACUAUAGGAGAAUUUGGUUAGAUGAGACUGUUUCAAUUAUAAUAACCGUGGAUCCGUUUUGUCUCUGUGCUCUACCUAAUAUUGUAUUUCUAGGUCCUGAAAGGAUAGUAGAAGCAUAUAGAUCGACGAUGAACAAGAAUUUAGAAAAUUGGGAUCCUACCAAUUACAUUUUUUCAGAAAUACUCAAAUUAAUAGGUUUAGAAAAGUUUCCAGUGAAACAAUUUGAUCAACCCAGAGCAGAUGGGCUUCUAGUUGAUGUAGGAGAAUGCAGCAUUUGCUUCUCGUAUCGAUUGGCUGAUAAUUUACCCGAAAUAGUCUGUAAAAACGAAUACUGCAGUAACUGUUAUCACAUUGCUUGCUUAUAUGAGUGGUUAAUGUCGGUAAAUGCAAGAAGAUUCUUCUCAGAAGUAGUAGGAAGUUGUCCGAAUUGUGAAAAGAACAUUUCCUGUCCGAUCCCGAAUUAACAGGACUGUGAAGAUACCACAUUAAUACUAAAACAAAUAUUUACACUCCUAAAAAUACUCCAAUUUUAUUCAUCCUGUAUAUAAAUAGUAAAAAAAAUAUUAUACACAUUAAUGGAUA